CAAUCAUGGAAAAGUGGAAGUAGGAACAUUGUAGGUUAAAGGUCGGGCGGAAGUGCUUUAAGCUUCCGGCCACCGGCUUAGAAGAGAGUUAUGGCUAAACAUCAUCCAGAUUUGAUUUUCUGCCGCAAGCAGGCUGGUGUUGCUAUCGGAAGACUGUGUGAAAAAUGUGAUGGCAAGUGUGUUAUCUGUGAUUCCUAUGUGCGCCCCUGCACUCUGGUUCGCAUAUGUGAUGAGUGUAACUAUGGAUCUUACCAGGGCCGGUGUGUGAUCUGUGGCGGUCCCGGCGUCUCUGAUGCCUACUAUUGUAAAGAGUGUACCAUUCAGGAGAAGGAUAGAGACGGUUGCCCAAAGAUUGUCAAUUUGGGGAGCUCUAAGACAGACCUGUUCUAUGAACGCAAGAAAUACGGCUUCAAGAAGAGGUGAUAGGUGGGUGGCUUCUUCCUCCCCCACCAAGCUGCUGCAGCUGCCAGAAAAGAUACCACCACCACCACCACCACCAGCAGAAAGGGAACGGAGCCCAGAGUGCCACCAGAACAGCCUGCUAGUGCUAGUGUCCUGGCCCCUGCCACCCUUUCUUUCCCUGACUGCUGGUGAGGAUAGAGGGCUCCUCACAGAGCACUCCAGCAGACUGGAAGAAAGAUUGCUAGGUCAGUUCAUAGUUUGUUUUUGUUGUUGUUGUUGGGUUUGGUUUAGUUGGAAAAGCAAGGCUCUGCUCUCUGCAUUGAUUCUUUUCACACCAAAAGCUUCAAAACAAGGCUUCUGUCUGUAGCCUUGACAAUGAAGCUGCCACAUCAAAAGCAUGGUCUGCAGCAGCUAUGGUGGUGGCUGUCCUCUGUGACCCUCAGUGUGGCCAGAGCCAUCAGAACAUGCAAUGUGACACGACGCUUCCAAGGUGGCUCUGGUUUCAUGU